AUUUAUAUAAUGUUAUAAACCAAUGUCACCUCAAUAAAAAGUAAACAAUAAUUUUAAAAGGACUAUCCUCAGGCUGGCAACUGGAAAACCCAAUCCCCACACCAAAGCCUUUCUGAUUCUUUGUAGGAGAGUCAUCUGCCAAAGGCCCUCUCACACUGUCAAAACAUCCUGGAAUAUAUUUGCCUCCAACUCUGCAUCUUGCUCACCACUCCCUCACUUAAAACAUUAAUCUUUCCCAUUUGUGCUCUCACCUGAACUGAGUAAAUAAGCUUCUAAUAGCUCUUCUCCCCACCCCUCUCUUCUUGGUAUCCAAGAUGAGAGUACCAGGCAAAAGGUUAGUUCUAAUGCACCCGAGCAAAUGGAUAUACAACCUAAAAUAGGAGUGACAUACACAGCUGCCCUCCCUGAGCCCAUUUCACCUACCUCAGCAACACUGCCACCCUAUCCCUGGAAAAUGGAAAAUUCCACAACCAAACAUUAGUUCACUUUCCAGAAUGCAAUCCACCUCCUCUUCUCCUGUCCCAAAGAUAGCUCUACAGGAUCAAGACAGGCAAGGCUUGCAGUGACUACUCAUGACCAGAGACAUGGCCCGACAUGGUGUAGAGAAAGUUCUCAAUGAGUAGACCCAAGAGACAGCAUCUUUAGACGGGGAACGGGCUCUAUUCUAAACUGAAUGACAGCUAUUAACAAUUCUCUGCUUGUUUUUCCUCCCCUUUUGAAUCCUCAACUAACUGAGUUCCGAGGGAUGAGAUACAGGGGAAGAGCAUACCCUAUUUGAGAGAAUUAGAAUCUGAGGUGUCAGGAAGCAAAAGAUAAGAAACAGCUUAAAUGUGUGGUAACCCCCCUGAAAGUAUGGUGUGCCCUGAAAUAGCUUGCUUGCCUUCACUUCCCACUUCGACUGAUUAUGAUCAUCUUGCUUGAUUAAAAGAAGUCAUAAUAGUAACUGAAAAUUAGUUAUUAAGCAAAUGCUUAAUCAAGCUGAGAUUAGUUGUUAAGGUAGUACUUGAGGUUUAGGAAGAAAGGAAGUCGAAACUUAAUAUCAAGUUAUGGAGGAAGAAAAAGUGUGAUUAGAGUCAAUUAUAUCUUCUGCGAGACAGGAGACAUGAUGAAUCCCCAGUCCCUCCAAACAAAGUCCCUGAAGCAUCAGUAAAGGGAGAGAGCCUGGCAAGACAUUGUGUACCAGGUACUUGGGAGUUGUCUAGUAACUUGGUUGCUGGAGGGGGAGGGACUAGCUCAGGGCCCAGGGGGAGGUCUGCUCUGGAAUUGCUGCCUUCAGAGAGCUGGAGAGGCAAGAGGCUGAGGACUGAAAAAGAGAGGGUGACCAGUAGGUUCUUCUUAAUGACCAGCAGGAUCCCAAAGGUGGAGAGCUGCCAGCCUGGACUGCCAGUGAUGAUCAGAACUGUGCGGCAGCUCUGAACCCACAGCUCCUUCUUCCCCAGCCCGUGAGAAUUUGAGCCGGAGAGCCAGCAUGCCCUGGUAAGUGGAAAUCCUGCCACUUCAAGACAUGGAGUCAUCUUUCCUAUUUGGAGUGAUCCUUGCUGGCCUGGCCUCCCUCAUUAUUGCCGCUAAUGCACUAGUGGCCAUAGCUGUGCUGUUGUUAAUCCACAAGAAUGAUGGUGCCGGUCUUUGCUUCACCUUGAAUCUGGCUGUGGCUGAUGCCUUGCUUGGUGUGGCCAUCUCUGGCCUAGUCACAGACCAGCUCUCCACUCCAGCUCAGCCCACACAGAAGACCCUGUGCAGCCUUCGGAUGGCAUUUGUCACUUCCUCCGCAGCUGCCUCUGUCCUCACGGUCAUGCUGAUUGCCUUCGACAGGUACCUUGCCAUCAAGCAGCCCCUUCGCUACUUACAGAUAAUGAAUGGGCUAGUGGCUGGAGCCUGCAUUGCUGGGCUGUGGUUGUUGUCUUACUUCAUUGGCUUCCUCCCACUUGGAGUCCCCAUAUUCCAGCAGACCACCUACCACAGCCCCUGUACCUUCUUUGCUGUGUUUCACCCACUCUUCGUGCUGAUCCUCUCCUGCAUUGGCUUCUUCCCAGCCCUGCUCCUCUUUGUCUUCUUCUACUGUGACAUGCUCAAGGUUGCCUCCAUGCACAGCCAGCAGAUCCGAAAGAUGGAACAUGCAGGAGCCACGGCCAGAACUUACCGGCCUCCACGGACUCCUAGUGACUUCAAGGCUGUCCGCACAGUGGCUGUUCUCAUUGGGACCUUCACUCUGUCCUGGACCCCAUUCCUUAUCACCAGCAUUGUGCAGGUGGCCUGCCAGGAGUGCCGCCUCUACACAGUGCUGGAACAGUACCUGUGGCUGCUUGGUGUGAGCAACUCCCUGCUCAACCCACUCAUCUACGCUUACUGGCAGAAGGAGGUACGGCAGCAGCUCUACCAGAUGGCCUUGGGAGUGAAGAAGCGGCUCACCUCAUUCCUCCUCCUUCUCUUGGCCAGGGAUGGUGCCCCAGAGGGGCCCAGGGAAAGUUCCUAUCACAUCGCCACUAUCUCCCACGCACAGCUUGAUGGCUAAGACGGUAAGGGCAGAAAAGCUUCAAAGUGCCUUCUCCCUCCCCUCUCUGGGCCCUAACUAGAUCAGAUGGAGCUAGGAGAAUGAGAGCACUUGCUUCAGGCAAUUGACCACUCCCUGCACCCUCUCACUCCAGACUGAGAGGUAACUGAGGCAGAGUGCUGACGUUUUUUAUAGUCAGUUUCCCCGUUUGCAAAUCUCCAUUCCUCUCUGUCCUUCUUUUGCAAUGAGUCUGGUUCUCCUGUACAGGUAUACUUAAUUAAAGCAAGAAAUGAACUACUGAAAAGAUGCUUAAAAAUCAAGUCAUAUUUUUGAAUACACUAGAGCAGCACUGUGUAACAGAAAUAUAAUGCAAGCCACAUAUAUAAUUUUAAAUGUUCUAGUAGCCAUGUUAAAAAGGUAAAAAAAGAAUGAGGCAAAAUUAAUGUUACUGUUUCAUUUAACCUAAUAUAUAUCCAAAACAUCAUUUCAACAGAUAAUCAAUAUUAAAAAAUUACACUAUUUUUUUCAUGCUCAAUCUUUGAAGUCCGAUGUGUAUUUUACCCUUACAGAACAUCUCAAUUCAAACUAGCCAUAUUUCAAAUGCUCCAUAGCCACAUGUGGCUAGUGGCUACCAUACUAGACAGCACAGCACUAGAGAAAUUAAGUUCUGUUCUUUUUAACUGUUUACUAUAGUGAUUGCUUUUGUAAAAUGGGUCCUGCCCUCCACAAUGUAAAUGGGACAUCUUAUGUAGUGAGUGUGCAUAAAAUGUAGGAACCUGAAUUAGAUUCUAAAGCUUGUCUUUUCCCACACUUCAUGGUGUUCAAAACAGUGUUUCUUUGGGAAAUAGCCUAUCUUGUGAUUAUUUCCAUUAUUACCCCUCCCAAUCCACCACCACCUUUCUAACUCUGUGGUGCCCCGUCCCCUCAGUUGGCCUCUUAUGUCACUUGUAACUACUUGCUGAUGAUAAACCACAAAUUCUGAGACAGUGUAAGGGAAGGAAGAAGGAAAGGGGUAGGUACCAAGAAAGGCACUGCCAAGCUUUCCACACUGGACCCACUUUACUCCUCAGAGCUUGACCUUCUUUCAUUUACUCCCAAAUUUGCAUUUUCCUAAGAAACUUAGUCACAUAAGAGUACGCCUCCAAACUGGUCCGGGAGACCAGCUGAGGAGCAGGUGCCUCACCCUGCUUUCUGUGGAUAAAGAAAAUGACUGUUGGCAGCUGGGAACUAUGCUCAGGCUUCCUCUGGGCAAUCCUGGCAGCAGAAAUUCAAGAACAGAAUGGGGAAGACACCCAGGAAUGACACUCAACCUUCCUGAGCUUCCCUGUAACCCUUUCCUCAACCUCCUGAUCUCCAAAGUGGAUUCCUAGAAAGUUUGUGUCUUAAGGCCCUAAACUAGAUUAUUUCCUUAGAAAGCUGCUGAGUGGACAACAAAAGAGGGCAAGAAGAAACCAAAAGGGUAUGGAUUAAUUUGUCUGGGAUUUGGUGCCAAAACCACCUUGGAAGGCUAACCCCUCAAUAUCUCUGAAAUGAGGGCCUGAGGAUGCACAUGAGUCCAAUGUGUAAUGGCUAAUUCCAAGAGGCCCAUGAAAAUUUCCAUUCAAAUCUCAAACUACAAUGUUCAGAACCUGGAUGGAAUCCGCCAUCCUCCUCUCAAAAGGAUGGCACCAUACCAAGAUGCUUUGCACUUGGGUUUAAAUUCCCCUUCAGUCUUAGAUUAACUACCGGAGCUUGCUUUCCUUAGUUGUUUAGAGAUUAAUGAUCAUCCCUUUCAAAUUUUGUACUCUUAAAAAUUCCCUUCUCCCUCUCCUCACCCUUUACCUUCACCCCAAAAGGCCUAUUUCUCACUGAUCUAUUCUAACACAUACCAACUCUCCUUCGGUAGGCAUUCUUCCAGUUGCUCUGCUUACCACUCUGGCCCAGAGGAGGACUGUGCUUGCCUUCAUCAUAGUAGGCUUUGUGUUCCUACAACUGAAGAACUUUUUGGCUCUCAAGUGGAUGAUGGAACCCAAUAUGCCUUGAAGUGCUGAGCACCAGCAAGUACCAGUUAUGCCAGCAAUAAGGCACACUCUUGGAUUGGGUUAUGAGUUACUCAAACUAGGUAAAACACAAACAGUAACUGUGUUUUGGGACGGAACUGAAAGCAGGCUCAAAUCAAUGCCCUCCUUAUUGGUGGUUCAAACCUUACUCUCCUGGCCUUGCUGCAAAGGACUGAUCUUGCUGAGGUAACAGGUAAUGGAAAUAAGUUACAGGAGAAAGGCAGGAGCUGAUGGGAAGCUAGGUGAUUGUUGUGUGAUUAGGUUCAGUCUAAGAAACCCUGCUAUCCCUGGGAGUCAGUAUGCGCAGUGGAAAAUUCACAGGCUUUGAAGUCCAACAGACUAGUGUUCAACUUAUGAUUCAGCUGUUUAAAUUCUCAAAGCUACAGUUUCCUCAUUUGUAAAAUUGGGGUAAUAAUGCCUACCUUAUAUGGUUAUGCUGAGAAUUAACUCAGAUAAUGUAGGUGAAAAUGCCUAGUAAACUACAGCACAUUGUUUAAUGCUCAGAAAAUGUUCUCUUCCUCUUCCUUAAAAAUCCUGAAUAUUAAAACAUCCAACUGACCAAUUUAAGGGAGUCUGUCAUAUCUGUAGAUAUUACGACCUCUAGGGCAAGGACAAUUAGGCUCCAAACUGUGAAUUCCUCAAUGCCUGAAUAAGGUUUUUGAAAAUGAGUGAUGAGAGGUGACAGGUUAAAACAAACAGUAAAUAUAAUACAUUAGCAGGAUCAAGACAGAGCAGAUACAAACAAGUCACUAUUAUCAUACACUUGGGUUUAAGAGUAACCAUAUAAGAGCACUGUGUUCAAUAAGCUACCAAGAGCAAGGAUACAGAAUGCUAUGCAAAAGUCUAAUGGCUUUCUUUGGCACAGGCUCCUUCACAGAUAAGGGAAUGCACUGGAGAGGAAACAUUUAGAUUUCAUUCAUGCAUCCACUGUUGUCUCCUGAUGGACUUGCAAAGAAGCCAAAUCCCAUUCAGCAAUUUGAUCAAAGUAAGAAAAAGAUAUUAAGACCUCAUAGGACAGAAUGUAGGUCAACCGGUCCCAUUUAUAAAAACUGUGACACGACUAACUUUUAUACUAAUUCCUCGGGUAGCUAACAGUAUGCAUAGCACUCCUCAGUUUCAGAGGACUGCUCUCAAGAACAUAAGAACACACAGCCCUCUGUACAGGGGCAUUGCGAGUGGUCUCACAAGUGUUAGAAGCAGGUUGCCCUGAUCUACCCACACUUUCCUGAUUGGCCACAUGACCAAUAAGGCCAUCCCUGAGUGCUGGCCAGCCAGAAUUAAUUAGCCUUGGGAUAUCUUCUCCCUACACAGAGAAGUGUUCACUGGUUCAAAUGGGAAAUGAACUCGUGACUUUGAUUUCAUUCUCACUUGCUCAGUCACUGGCCAAAGUAAAUAGAGACCAGUGAAAACAGCAGGCAUAAGAGAUAGUUCAAGGAUACACAUAGAACAAGAGGAAACAUGGUGUUUACAGCUGAGCAACAAGAGCAGCAAUGGACCCAAGGCCAGACCACAACUACUUGGCUGCUGUCAGCCACUCACUUAUUUUGUGACUCCUUCAGUACCUUCCAUGUCAUCCUUCAAACUGCUGACUGGUCUGGAAAUUUUCUCCUUUUAAUUAAAUCUUCAUUUGUUAGUUCUUCAGUCAUAUAAACUCAAUGAUAGUACCUACAAGUGUCAACUGUCAUUCAUCAAUCUGUCCAUCCAUCUGUCUACCUCCCCCACAAACAUUUAUUGAGAGCUAGGUGCUAAAAUUGCCCUAGCUUUGCUGGGAUUUCUUUUAGAGAUUUACAUUGAUGCAUAUAUGGUGUUCAUUAUUUUCUGAUUAUAAAAGCAUUUUGUUUUCAUUUCAGAAAUUUUUGAAAAUACAGAAAAUCAUAAAGUAUCCAUAAUUGUACAAUCCAGAGAUGAUCACUUUUAUUCCCCUCCAUCUGUUUUCUUCACUUAACAUUAUAUUGUGCAUAUUUUCCUAUGUCAUUAAGUUUUCUUCCAAAACAUGACUUGUAAUGGUUGCAGGUUCUUUUCAACAUAUGAGUAUAUGAUAUUUUAACCAUUUCCCUAUAGUCGUACAUGUAUAUUAUUUCCAAUUUCUCACUGUUAUAAUAUCACUAUAAAUACCCUUGCUCAUAAAUCUUUGACACAUCUGUUUAAUCCCUUAGGAUAAAUUCUCCAAAGCAGUAUUACUAGGUCAAGGAGCAUUAAACACUUAUAAGAAUUUUGACUCAUAUUUUUGCUGGCAUUUCUUGAAGUGUAAUGUUUCCUUAGGAUAUUUGCUAAGAAAAGUCAAAAGUGAGCCACAAAUGAACAGACCACACUGAUACAAUUAUCUCAAAGAAAUAAAAGUGCAUGGCUUCCUGAAAGCAUAAACCAUACCAAGAGGGCUAACCAGUUAUUUUUUACAAAAGGAAAUCUAUUGAUAUGUCCUACUGCUGGAGUUAAUCUGCAAAUUUAGAAAUGUGGACUAAUGAGACACAGCAGUUUAAGAACACCCCUCACAGUACAACUGCAUUAUUGACAAAGCACUGUGUGAUAUGCUGAUAGCAAUUUCAGUGUGUUUUCACUGUUAAAAUUUUCCAAAGUAGUUGCUUUGCGCAAUACCAUAAAGUGCUAAGUAAGCAUAAGAAAUGAAAACAUGAUCACACGGAGCCAGCAGACAGGUCUUGACACAGUUGAAUCCUUGAAGCCAUAGUCUCGCAGCGUUGCUGAACGGGAAAGAUGGGCUCCACCUAAUGGAUCAACUGCGGCAGGGUAAAGUGCAUGACAGUGCAAUAUGCUACUGCCCAGCCAUAUGUUCACUGGAUUUACAAGCUGUUGGGACCAUAAUCAGCCACUGAGCUCAAAGAGCCCUCUCAUGAGGAGUCCUAGAAACGGCCAUUGCAGCUGCUUAGGAUGUCAGUCUGUUUUAAGGCACAAAGUAGUUCCUGCUUCCUUCAAAAUGCCUUCUACACAAUGGGACAAGCAGGAUGCAUUUGCUCCAGAGCACUGGAGGGACUAAAAUCAUGUAAGACCAAGAGACUGAGGGAGGUCUCUUUAUUUGUUUAGGUUUGUUUUUAUUUGUUGUAUGUUCCCAACAAUCCCAUGAUCAAAUCAUAUUUCCUAUUUUCUAUAAUAAAUCCCUAUCGGUUCCAGUUCUGUCUCAAUUGUACUGACAUUAAGGCACUAAAAAGCUGACAAACACGCUGAGAUAACAUAGUCAUUGGUCCAGUAAAAUGCCACA